UUUUAAAUGAAUAAGCGUCUUAAAUAUCUUUUAAAGACCUUGUUGAAUCCGGUCAAUCCAAAAACGCUAUCAAUUCUUAAUGACUUCAUUAUCAGAUACAAAGACGAAACCCAACGAAUCGGUGGUGGUGGAAAAGCAGCUAGGUGGUUCAACCCAGCCAUCGGAAACCUCGGCACACUACUGCGAUAUCAGCAAGCAGAUGGCAUUGUCUGGGUGGGUGUGUGUGGUGACUGGUGCAUCUCGGGGCAUCGGAAGAGGCAUUGCACUACAACUGUCUGAAGCUGGGGCUACCAUCUAUAUCACCGGCAGACAGGUGAAGACCCUCCAACAGACUGCUGCAGAGGUGAACGAGAGGGGUGGCCACUGUCUGCCAGUGGUCUGUGACUCCUCUAGAGAGGGUGACAUAAAGGAGCUAUUUGAACGGGUUCAACGUGAGCAGAACGGAAGGCUGGACAUGCUGGUGAACAACGCGUAUUCCGGAGUGCAGGAGAUUUUUGAUAACAUGGGAAAGAAGUUCUGGGAAAUGGAUCCUGCUAUUUGGGAUUCAAUCAACAACACUGGUCUUAGGGGGCACUACUACUGCUCUGUGUAUGCUGCCAGGAUGAUGGUGGCUCAGGGGAAGGGCCUGAUAGUCAUCAUCUCAUCCAUGGGAGGCUUAAAGUACCUCUUCAAUGUGCCAUAUGGCGUGGGCAAGGCUGCAUGUGACAGACUAGCCGCAGAUAUUGCAGUGGAGCUCAGGAGCAGGGGUGUGGCGUCGGUCAGCCUCUGGCCAGGUGCAGUCCGCACUGAGCUCGUCCACCACAACAUACUUCAGAAUGAAAAUCUUCAAGGUACAAACCAAAAAUGGAAGGAAGCAUUCAUUAAUGGUGAGACAACUGAGAUGAGUGGAAAAUGCAUUGUUGAACUGGCCAAAGACAAGAGUCUCAUGUCACUAACUGGGAAGGUGUUGUUUACAUGUGAUCUUGCCAGGCGCUACGGACUACAAGAUGUCGAUGGUCGCAGCAUAACGGACUACACCUCUCUGAAGUUUCUCCUCAUGCAAGUGCCGUACCUGUCCUGGCUCUCUGUAGUCACCCCCUCCGUUCUCAGAGUGCCACGUUUUGUCCUCUCCCUGGCCACUGGCAAAUUCUGACGGGUGCAACACUUUUGUUUUUAAUGGCUAUUAAUACGUCUAAGGGAAAGGCCUUAGUCUGUAAGCACAUGCCAUUUGGAUCACUUUAGUGCAAAUUAACAGCAUCCUCUAGUGGCCACUUAUGGAAAUAGAGAUUAAUUAAUCUUCUGUGCCUUUCCUCUAUUCAUCUAGCCCCAGGUUUGUAGUUGUAGUAUAUAGAGUUCCUUACUUACAUGUUUCUAAUCAAUGCGCAAUUUUAUGAUCGUUUUCCCCUAAACCAGUACAGAAAGAUUGAAAGGGUAAUGUUUUCCUGCAACACUGCUUAUCCUCAAUACUGUAGGGAUUUGUUUUUCAAGUCUUGUAUGGGUGUUCUUUGUUUUAGUACUGUGUUAAUUAUUUUUGCUUUGGCAUCUGGGAAUCUUGCAAUAAUGACUGUUGCCACUGCUACCAGCACCCGUGAACUACUAAAAGAGCCGUUUCUCCCAAAUAAAACAAUGCCAUUGAUAUUUGA